UAUAGUUUUCAGACACUCGUGGGCAAGGUCGUCUUGAUUGUCAACGUGGCUUCCCGUUGUGGUUAUACGCCUCAGUAUGAGGGGCUGCAGACUCUUUACGAGAAGUACCAGCCCAAAGGCUUAGAAAUCGUAGGGUUUCCUUGUAAUCAAUUUGGCCGGCAAGAGCCAGGUACCGACGCAGACAUCGCAUCUUUCUGUGAGAUGAACUACGGUAUCACCUUCCCUGUGAUGAAGAAAAGCGACGUGAAUGGAGAUGAAGCAAACGAGGUG